UUCCUUAAAGUUCUACUUCACCAGUCCUCUUUUCCAUGCACAAACUCUCCAUCUUUCUUUCUUGUGAAGGGAAAAAAUGAAGUUUACAGGAAGCCUCCCUUUGAACUACUGCAUUCUAAUUUGUAUGGGAUUCUUACUGGUUCAUGGGGAUCCUAUUGUUCCUAUGAUCUGCAUAUUUGGUGAUUCUGUAGUUGAUGCAGGGAACAACAACUACCUUAAUACAUUGAUCAAAUCAAACUUCCCUCCCUAUGGAAGAGACUUGGUCGAUAAGAAACCCACUGGGAGGUUCUGCAAUGGAAAGCUAGCAACAGACUACACUGUUGAGUACAUGGGAUUCAACUCUUAUCCUCCACCUUACCUAAGUCAAGAAGCUCAAGGACAGAGACUCCUCACAGGCGUCAACUUCGCCUCAGGCGGUUGUGGAUACUAUGACAGAACAUCUCAGUUCUAUCAUGCAAUUUCACUGCCUCAGCAGCUUGUAAACUACAUGGACUACCAAGACAAAGUCAAAAAAAUGGUUGGGGAAGAUAAAGCAAAUGCUAUUUUCUCAGGAGGAAUUCAUCUCUUGAGUGCAGGAAGCAGUGAUUUCCUUCAAAACUACUAUGUCAACCCACUAAUCUAUAGAUCUUACUCACCUGAUCAAUUCUCCGACGUUCUCAUGCAGUCCUACUCCGUCUUUAUUCAGAGUCUGUACAAGCUAGGAGCAAGAAGGAUUGGAGUAACAGGCCUACCACCAACAGGAUGCUUGCCAGCAGCUAUCACCAUGUUUGGUGCAGGAAGUAACCAAUGUGUUGCGAGGUUGAACCAGGAUGCUGUUUCCUUCAAUAGUAAACUCAAUAAUACGUCCCAAGCUCUUCUGAAUACGCUCCCCGGACUCAAACUCGUUGUGUUCAAUAUCUAUCAACCUCUUCUAGACCUGAUCUCAAAGCCUAAUGAGAAUGGGUUCUUUGAGUCGAGGAGGGCUUGCUGUGGAACUGGUACCGUUGAAACAUCGCUUCUUUGUAAUGAAAGGUCCAUAGGGACAUGCUCUAAUGCAACUGGAUAUGUGUUCUGGGAUGGAUUUCACCCCUCUGAAAAUGCAAAUAAAGUUUUGGCAGACAAUCUUCUAGCACAAGGGAUUUCUCUUAUCGCUUAGCCUAGAAUCAUGCAGUUCAGAAAUACUCUAUUUUUCACGGUCUUAAAUUGCUAUAUACAUUAAAUAUAGCUGCUAUCCAGAAAUAAGGCCAUUAUCGAAUGUUUGGGUAUUUUAUGACUUGUGGAAUGACAUUACAUCCAAGCCAUGAGAAUGUAUCAACUUAUGUAAUCUUUUCAGCUUAUUUCGUUUUUACAAAUAUUAUUAUUGGAGCACAAAAGAUCAGUAUUUGUCUUUUAACAAGCUAUUCUAGAAAUGGUCAUGUCUGCUUAAGUGCUACUUGCCAAUUUGUCACAAAUACUUCAAGGCCACCAAUA